UGUGCGGCUCCCUGGCAGUCCUUUCUGUUUCCAGUCGUUGUUUCAGACCGGACGUGUUUUCAUAGCGACACAGCUACCAUGGACGCUGUAUCCCAGCGUGUUUUGGAUUAUUUGACAGAAGUUGAGGAGGCAGCUGAGGAUGUCCUCGCCGCUAAACAACAGAUAGUGGACCUGGACACAAAGAGAAACAGGAACAGAGAGGCACUGAAUGCACUGAAACAUGAAAUGUCAGAUUCAGAGAAAGUGAAGGUUUGCUUUGGAAGCAUGUUCAUCAAAUUUCCCAAAGUGAAGACAAGAGAGAUGAUUCAGAGAGACCAAGAGCAGCUGGACAAGGAGAUAAACGACCUUCGCAAAGGACUGAAAGCAAAAGUCAAUCGUCUCAAUGAGAUGCAAGGAAAACCUGAGCUGAGAGGCUACAAUCUUUCUCCUCUGUCAACUGAUGAAAUCAAAGCUAUUAACAGCCUUUUAAAGAGAUGACAUCAGAUCUGCUAAGGACAAAGAAAACAUGUUGACAAGAUGCCAAAGAGCCUCACCUGCAGGUCUCAGCCAUGCAGAUGGUACUGUAACAUGCUAACCUCUGGAUGAUCUGAUCUCAAGAAAUUAGUCUCCUGGAUGAUCGACGAUAUGGAUGUAAUUGACAUCUUCAUAACCUGCCUUUAGGACAGUUUUUAAAUUCUUGUCAAACAUUGUAUCCUAGGUCUUAAAUCCAAAGAAAAACACAUUUAAGACAGAAAGUGUAUUUAGCCCUUCCCCCUUUCCUCACCAGAGGCAGUGGUAACCUGCAUUUGUAAAGGUGCUGAAAAAAGCAGAGGGCAAGCACCACUACUGUGUGUACACAAAGCAACACUGAUGUUAUUUUGGAGUCUUGUCUGCUGUCUUUGGUUAUUUUGUGUUUGACUGUUCAUACCAUAGCUGGUGCUGUGGCUUUUGUGCUCUGUAGCCACUGGCCUCACCUUGACAGCUAGUGUUGUGGGUGGUUCACUGCUAGCCACAAACACAGCAAGUUCCAUAUCAUAAACAUUUCAAAUAAUGUAACUGAAAAGCAAAUUUCAGGCAAACUGUAAAAAAAAUAUGUGAGGAAAACUACAGUUCAUUGCAACUUGGGUUUUAUUUUCGUAACUGCAGCCAUCGGAUUAAUCAUUUAUGAGAACAUUGAACUCACUAAAGAGCUUGCUAACAUCUCAGAAUGCGGAAGCUUCUUUAAAAAGGCGUCCAACGGGGCAAAAAACACAAGCGGUGAGACAACACAGGUUGUAAACAAGCGCAAAUUCGCAAUAGCUGCCACCAUAUGCAUUAAUGCAGCUACUUGUACAUGCAUUAUGCAAAAUACUGUGUACUUGUUUGAAAGUGAAAUUCCUUUUAUACUGUAUAUUUGGCCGAAGAAAGAAAAACUACUCUUUGUUAUGUAUGAGUUAUGAAUGAGUUAUGACGUGGCUAAAGUAUAGGGGCCGGCCAAACCAUUACUAAUGAAAGUGUCUGUGUGUAUAUGUGUAUGUCUGUCUAUCUGUGUGUGUGUGUGUGUGUGUGUGUGUGUGUGUGUGUGUGUGUGUGUGUGUGUGUGUGUGUCUUUCUACAAAAUUUGGCCAUGUUCCGUGAAUCCGUUUAGAAGUUCUGUCCCUUUUUGUUACAGACCACGCCCAUUGCUACACCCCCUUUUUACCAAUUAUUUGCAUGAAGAGUUAAUCAGCUGUCCUUUGGCUCAUGACCAACCUUUCUACAAAAUCUUGUGCAAGUCUGUGAAUUCAUUUGGAAGUUAUGUGCCUUUUUGCUAUAGGCCACUCCCACUGCCACGCCUCUUUUACGUCAACUUGCAUUAACAUACCUUCACACACAAAACACUUAACCUCCAUGCCAAAUUUCAGCCUCCUAGGGCGAAAACUGUGGCCGCCAAAGGGUGGGGAAAUGUAUGUGUACCGAGCUAUAGAGCUGCUGGUUGCAGCUAACAAGCAGCUGAAAGUCAGUAAUAAUUCCUCAUUUCACAGGAAAACUGCGCACAGCCAAGGUAAGUACAGUAAAGUUGAAGCAUGACAUUGGUAAGUUAUGGGUGAUUUAUGUUUACAAUGAGCAAUCUGGGUAAUAAUUUGAUCAUUUGCUUUUGUUUUCUCUUCCAAGUAAGUGUCUAUUGGCUAACCUUUUAGGUUUGUUUACAACCUGUCUGAUCGACUUGUGUCAUUGCCCUAGUUUUAGUGAUGUCACCACGUUCCCAGAUCUCAGGAGUUAAUUUUGGUGAGUAUAAUAUAACAAUAGAACCGAGGACCAGAGCUAUGAAGAUAAAACCCAAGGUGUAAUUCAACUGUGUGGGAUUCUACAGGAGGAUUGUUUGACGUUAUGUCCUGUAUAGUUUGAGUGGGAAUUCAGGCCAUGUAGUUGGUGAAUGGCCACAAGGUGGCAGUGCAAGUGUACAGCAGAAGGACAGUUUCACUCACUGCCUCCACAGCCUCACAACCAAUCUUCAAAUACCCUGAUAUUAAUGCAGCACUGUUUAUAAUAGGCUAUGUAAUACACAACAGAAUUUGUUCUUAGAAGUUAAACAAAAUCCUUAAACUUUGCAUGUCCAUUGUGUUAACCAGUGCAUAAUGGGAAAUAUUUGUUUUCAUAUUGUUAGUAACUUUUUUUGGUCAGGUUUUUGUCCUUUAUUUACCAUCUUGUCUAUAAAUUGUCUAUAUGUUAUUAUUUUGGAUGAGUUGUAUUUUUUGUGCUGUGAGAGUUCACAGUUACUCACACUACGCAUUCAGUAUGUGUUACUGUCUCUGUUUUUUUUUUUCUUUGAAUGAGACAUACCAUACAUCCUGAGUCACAAUGUGAGUGACAAACAACCAGUGUGCUGUCCUGAGGGGGAAUAAACUGUAAAUAGGUGUA